AUGGAUAUGAAGAUGCGACCAACAACAAGUAACAACCUGGAGUCAGGCGAUCCAUACUGCUGUUUAGCCGAAGUUCUAGGGGAACAAACGGGCGAAGUCCGUCCCCGAGUAUGGCUUCAUCGUCCAAAUAGGGCCAAUUUGCAACUGAAUCGCAGUGCACCUCGAGAAUCGGGGGGGCAAUUUAAGAAGCAGUAUGCCCAGUUUGCAUUGGACAUCAUUCACACCGGCUCAGAGACCCGGGUUCGGUUGCAAUUGACGGUUGACGAUGGACGUGCGAUGCUGGUUGGCGAUGUUGACCAUUUAGUUUCUGUCGCCGGUCGCCGCCCGCUUGUUUCUCAACCGCAAAACUCAUCCACGAACAGCCUCUCUGCCUCCGUCGCCGUCGUUUCAGAAGAACAAACAAACCCAUUUCCAGCUGUCCCAGGAAAGACUCUCCAGUUCAUAUUGAUAGCCAUGUCUCGCGAAGCCUACCAAGUCCCUUCCUUCGACAACCAGCAGCCCCAGUUUUCCGCUGGUGCUGGCUCUGCGCCCACCAAUGCGAACGACGAGCUCCUCUCCGUCAUCUAUGUCUGCGGCGACUGCAGCGCUCGUGUGCAAAUGAAGCGUGGAGAUCAGAUUCGGUGCAAAGAGUGUGGGCACCGGGUGUUAUAUAAGGAGAGAACAAAGAGGAUGGUCCAGUUCCAAGCCCGAUGAUGCCCCGAUUACACGCUAAGAAGGCCUUAACUGCUUUUGCGUCGAUAAAACUUGUCCUUUCCCUUUUUACAACGAGCAUUUGCAAGGCGCUAUGGAGUGUUAAUAUUAGAUGUUUCUAAUCCCGAAAACCCAAAUACAUGUUGAGAUGUCCAAUUUCGCUUUUACCCUCGGGGGCACGAUGUGUCCCAACCCCAAAAUCCUUCUAACUGUGUACUCUGCAUGAGAGUUGGAAAUGAAGAUGUCGGAGCUUAUUA